CGUUCAAUUUGAUCAAAGACGUUAAUUGUCGUGCUACACGUCCAAUGGGCCUAACAUUCGAUGCGUUGUAUGUUCUGCUUUACUGAUAAUCUGAUCAAUUGGAAAUAGAGGUAGGUAGUUGAGCUUGUAAAAAGUACUUUUUGACAUUGGGUACCCCGUUUAACACUCAUAUCGGUUCCUUUCGGUGUUUCGCGGUAAACGGUGGGUCCCGCGGUUCUAGAGCCUAAUCAAAUUUGGCGGGACUCGGUUCUCGUGUGGGUCAAACAAUAAGAAGCUCGAUCCAGUCUUUUAUUGAGAUCAGUGCCUCCUGUUCCCCUGCUCUGGUCUCUCGAUGGUUUGUGGCCAGGGUUGGUGCCACUGGCUGCCACACUGCAUCUAGGGAAUUAAGAGCAGCGGGCUGUCCAAGGGCUAUUUUGCCGAGGAAUUGCACAAGGGUACAUAUGUCAUAAACUUUCCUUCCUGUUGACCCAAGAUAAGGUUUGUGGCUGUCGUGUGAAUAUAGGUUAAAGCAAAACAUGGUCCACGUUUUGACCUUCGAUUCAUAAAAAUAAUUCACAGUGAUAAAGAUGGUUUACACCUGCAUUGAAGAUGACUAGUAGUGAAGAUCGCCAACCAGUUUCAGAAUGCAAGAAGAAGAUUCUUGAGUACAAAUGGGAAAAAAUAAGGAAAAAGAUUUUAGAGGACUGUCUAUGGCAAGUGACCAAAGAUGAAUUAGAAGCACUUGAAGCCUGCUAUUGGCUUAAAGCAACUGGUUUCCAAGAAUAUGUUCACUUAUAUGACGACCAACAGUUCCCAGUGGACAUAUCCCUCAUCCAAAAAGAUCAUGUUUCAAUGGAUGAAGACUCUCGACAUUCACUCAUUAGGCGACUUGAAACACUCAAUAGAUGUGCCAAACUAACGAAGAAAAGGGUAAAGAAUUUGGCUCUCCGGAAAGCCAAUCUGAGCAGCAGAGCUGAUCCUCUAUGUAGUAACCAACUGUUCUCUCAACAAUGUAGUGCCUCAAGUAUGGAUCACAUCAAGUCUAGCAAUUCUUCAAGUUCUUUAUUAGUUGAAAUGCACGGUAGAAAGCGACCUUCUUCGAAAUAUGGAAUUUAUAGUGUGGACAGAGCAGUAACAGACGUCGAUACAGUGGCAAAAGACAUAGGUAUUCCUGGCCAAGAGCCGAGGCUAUCCAGGACAUUUUCUUUUUCGGGCACAUCCGAAUCAAAUGAUUUAGCGUCAAAUGCAUCCCAUUUAACGUCAGCCAGCACAACUGAUGUUUUUUCAAAGGAAAAUCGCCUAAGUUUCUACGACAAUGUUCCUAUAUUGGCCGAUUCUGAGCCCAACUACAAAUAUAUUGGUGCAUCGCCAACCGACUCUGUGUUUAAAGAAUCGGUUCCAAUGCGACGAAAACAUUUUGCAAGUCAGAUGGAAUCUGAUGAUGAUAUGUCAUCAGUUUCAUCACCAGAAGACGACGAGGAUUUAGAGACCGCAGAACGGUUGUCACUUGCUGCAUCUUCAAGUAAAGGUAUGGGGAGUGUUGAUUCAGGAGUGCCGUCGUCACCUGUCUUGCGAUCACCAAGUGUGCGACAACGUCGUGUUAAAUGGCAUAGCUUUCAAAAAUCAACGGAUGGGGAAGCAAUCUGUCUAUCUUUGAAAAUGCAGAACUUAUCAGCUGGACAAAUGGUUGCCCUUAGAAAAAUAUCUCUGUUGCGACUGACCGCAUUAAUGGAGCGUUACUCGGUACAAAAUCGCAGCGGCUGGCAUUGGACAAUCCCGAAGCUAUUAAGACGUUUAAGAUCACCUGAGAACAGAGGAGAAAGGAAUGUUUUUGGUGCGUCAUUAUUGACAACAGUGCAGCGAUCUGGUCAUCCCCUUCCUCGUUCAAUACUACUGUGCAUUGCAUUUCUAACCAGAACGGCAUUAUCAACUGUUGGAAUUUUUAGAAGAUCUGGAGUCAAAUCAAGAAUAGAGAAACUAAAAGAAGACAUUGAAUUAUUCAACAGCAAAUUGGCUUUCGAUUCUUACUCACCUUACGAUAUUGCGGAUAUGCUGAAACAGUACCUUCGAGAGCUUCCUGAACCACUUCUAACCUCAAAACUAGCAGAAACGUUUAUUGCUAUAUAUAAAGAUAUUCCAAAGGAACUUCAAAAACAGGCAAUGAAGUUAGCUAUUAUUCUCAUGCCAGAUGAAAACAGAGAGGCGUUGCAGACCAUAUUAGCGUUUCUUAAUCAAUUCGCUUCAAAUUCGAAUGAAAAUCAGAUGGAUCACAGGAAUUUAUCAGUUUGCUUUGCACCUGCAUUUUUUCAUAUUUUCGGAACUAAGGAUGAUAAAGGCAACAAUGCAAAGCGAUUGCGAAGGACUUUUAGCAGUGUUAAAUCGGAGAAGGAUUUCGAGGACAUCAAAGCAACCCAGCAGUGUCUUAUUGACCUAAUGCAAACCUUCCAUGAUCUUUUCACCGUUCCUGAAGAUGUGAUGAUGAAAUGCAGAUUCACAUAUAUUGAACAAGGUGACCCAGUGUUCUUGGAAGAUUUGUCAAGUAAUCUUUCAGAAGCAAACUCUGAAGAUGGCUAUCAAACAUACUUGGAAAAUUGCUUCUCGGGUCUUCUACAGGAAUCGCAGUCAAAAACAAAAGGUUGGAUGCAGCAUAGCAUCAAUAGUGAUGUGGAAGUAUCAUACAAAACUGUUAAAGAUGGCUAUCCAAUAAAGCUUUGGAAGGCAGUUGUUGAAAUCAAUGCAUCUCCCACUGAUAUUCUCAGGAGAUUUGUCAAAGAACGGCAUUUGUGGGAUGAUGAAAUGGUGAGCUGGGAAUACAUUGAGAAUUUAGAUGAUCAAACUGAUAUAUUUUAUUGUGAAACACAGACGAUUGUACCUUCAGUAAAAAGAGACUAUUUAACACUAAGAUCAUGGCGAAAAUGCCUGAAUGGGAGUUCCUGUGGUUGUGUUACUACUUCAAUAAAUCAUCGAUCAGUCCAUUUGUCCUCUGGUAUAAGAGCUAUUGUAUUGGCAGAUCGAUGUCUAAUGGAGCCUUUAGGUUUAGGCAGAUCUAAAGUGACGUACAUAUGCAGGACAGAUUUGAGGGGCAAAAGUCCUAGAUACUACAACAAAGCAAUCGGCCCGUGGUUGGUAUUUUCCUGUGUGACUAAAAUUCGUGACACUUUCAAUUGUGGCCCAGAUGGCCCUGAAACAAAUGUAUGAAAUUUCACUGUAAAAGCCUGUAAAAGACGCUUAGCUUGGUUAUAAAAUAUUCAGAUCAUUUGUCUAUUGAAAGAAUUAAUUAUGAAUUUUAAUUUAGAUUUUUGGAGUUGCUUAUCAUACAAACCCUUAAAUUUUUAGAUAUCAUUAAAAUCAUUGAGGUCACCUCGUGGCCCUAUUGAAACUUGUAGUUUAUUGUUUCAAUUUGAUAAAAUGCAAUUACUUUUACACUAGGAUCUAUUGAUUUGAAUACAGAUAGAAUAGAACAAGUUUUCUGUUUCCCCUUUUAUGGUCUUUUUUUGCUAACAACAGAUGUUUUCAGUUCACCGCAAAUUUUUCUACACUUUCACUGCCUUUUUCUUAGAAUUAAUGUCUAAGUGAAUGACUGUAUGCCUCCUACAAAUGCCGGUGUGUGUUAUUGGUUUCCACUUUGUAGCCAUGUAGGGGUUUUGUUCUCUUCUGCUUAUCUAACUUUGUUUAGGUGGAAUCUUUGGUUAUCUUUGUCUGUUAGUUCGAUAUAAUGUUUAUUAAGAAAUGUCCCACUAGACUUUGUAAUAAGGUAAAGAUAACAAGUAUUACACACAACAUUUAUAUGGAUUCAUGUUACACCUGUUGGUCCUUUUCCGUUUUCUGGCAUUUCUAAGACGCAUACUGAAUAUGUAUUUUCUGCGAUAUUUAUUCAGGUAAUUAGUAUCAGCUACAUGAAAUUUGUGUUUAAUUUUUUGGCAACAAUUAUAAAAUCGAACCCUAUUUACAAUAUUCUUUACAACAGCAAAUUGUUACAAAACCUGUUUAUGUAACACCUUUAUUAGUGGCAUUGGUUUUAUAACCCGAGCAAAAGUAACACUAGCAUGGUAAGGCUAUGAUCACUGAGAAUGGUCCUGGAUGACAUUGUAAGACAAGAGCUUCAGAUUUCGGGAGCCUUAACAACAGUCUGAAUGUUUGUAUUGUUGCCAGUGAAACUGACUAAUAAUUUCCAAUAGCAGAAUUCUGGUUUCUUGGUACAGACAACAUUUACUUGAAGUUAAGGACAAAUUUUCCUCCCAGAGCUGAUUAUUUGCAAUCAUUAGAUCAACCAUCUUCAUUCUUUGUGUUAACUAUCAACUCUUUGCCUUAAUGACAGUCCCUGAGCAUCAUCUGAUUAUUUUCUCAUUACCAAUAGCUUUAAUGAGAGGUGAAAAUGCCAAUGUCACUGUGAUCCUAAUAGACUAUGUCCGAUUGUCUUCUUUGCCAAGAUUUGUUCAUUGUUCAGCUUUGAAAGUUAUUUAUUUGCUUUUUGAACAUGACAUUAUCCUAUAAAUGUUUUUGCUUGAAGUUUUAUUUAAAUUUUUGAAAAUCAUUCAGAUCUAUAAGUGCUUCAAUGUUGUAAAGGCUCUAUUAAGCUUCUAUUGGGCUAUUUGUUUAACUACAUAGCAGCGAAGGAAAACAAGUUAUAACUGUCUUAUAAAAAGCAUUGUUUGACCCAAGCUCUUAUGACCACAAGUGUUCAAGUUGGUACUCACAAUGACUUUAAAAGGUCACAUAAGUAUUUGGAUAUUUAUUUAAGGAAACCUUAUUUGGUGACUGGAUAAGGGAAAUUGGGAUUUCCUGUUUUGAAUUGACAAAUAUAUUUGAAGCCAAAUGAAAAGGUGAAAAAGGCUUCAGAGAAGGUUGGAUUGAGUGGAAAGGUUACAUAGAGCUUUUAUAUCAAACUUUGUUUAGUUGCAUUUCGGUUGUAUUAUUAUACACUGUAUCAGAGUAAUAAACUUUCAAUCAACUCUAUGAGUUUUCUAGGUAAUCGCCUCAGGCGAAUAAUAAAUUUGAUGUGGUAAAUAAUUAAAGUUGCAUAUUACCCAUGAGUGAUUGUUUCCAAAUGGUGUCUUCUUUUAUUUUAUGAAUUGUCAGACAAGUUAUUUAAUAACACAGUGAUGUCAAACAAGUUAUUUAGAAUUAUAGCUUUUAGAAUUUUAUUGCCAUCAGGGUUUAUAAUCAAGAUAAUAGAAUUUAAAUAUUUCCUACAAGUUCUAGAGGAACCCUCUUAUAUUUUAAUUAAGUUGGGCACUGAGGAAAUGGGGUAGACAGGGUAAGUUCUUUUGGCACAAUGAUUUCAAAAUUAUUAUGUUUUGUCAGAAGAAUCACAGAUUAUAUUUAUGUUAUUUUCAAAUGUUUUUAAUUGAAAAAAAUUGGUAGAAAAAAAGACUCAUAUUAUUUUCUUUCAAUAUUGCUGCAUUACUCUUUUGUUUGAAUUUCAGCAGCAAUGUCUGCAGGCCUUGCAAGGAGAAGUGCAUGAGCUUAAUCAAGCACCUACACAUGCAAUAAAGUUCUAGGAGCUUGUUGAUUGAGCACCUAAUAUCUUUAUGAUGUCUGAAAAUUAAAUGUAACCAACCAAGUUAAUGUAUAUUUGAUAUUUGGUGAUGGUCAAUCAAGCGCCUAGAAGGUUGGAGAUGCUCAGUUUGUCAAGCACCUGCUCUUU